AUGAAGGUUGCAAUUGCAGGCUACGGCGACUUGACUCGCUACCUUUGUGAAGAGUUCGUCCAAGCUGGCCAUGAACUCAUCAUUCUCACUCGGAGCUCUAAACCUCAGAUUGAAAGCUGUGGCGUCUCCCAGGCCAUUACAGACUAUACUCUAUUGUCUUUGAAAGCCCCUUUGGCCGACUGUGAUGUCUUGAUCUCAACAAUUGGUGACAUGUCGAACGCUUACACUAGCGUUCAUCAUACACUCAUACAAGCCUGCCAGGAGAGCCCAAAGUGCAAACGCUUCAUUCCUGCUGAGUUUGCAGUAAACAUCGAAUCUUACCCGGACGAGCCUGGUUUCUACUAUGCUAUACAUGAACCUGUUCGUGAGACGCUGCGGAACCAGAAGGAUCUAGAGUGGACUCUGGUGUGUAUCGGCUGGCUAGCCGACUAUUUUGUGCCGAGUAAAAACCGUUACAUCAAAGAUAUUGACGAGUGCCACCCUGUUAAUUGGAAAGCCAACAAAGCUGUGAUACCAGGAACCGGGAAUGAGCCAGUUGAUUUCACGUGGGCAAGAGAUGCUGCCAAAGGGCUUGCCUCGUUAAUACAAGCACCGGCUGGCUCAUGGGAACCCUAUACCUUUAUGUCAGGAGAGCGAAGCUGCUGGAAUGAUACGGUCGCGCUUAUCAAGGAAAAAUAUCGCCCUAACAUGCCAAUUGAGCAUGUCUCGCUUCAUGCUACGGUAAAUAUGAUCAAAGCAGCCAAAGAUGAGGACACGCUAGUACUGGCCGACUAUUACCUUCUAUCAAUUAGUCAGGCAUGUGCAAUUCCUCUGGACAAAGCUAAGGCACAAAAGGAGAAAUUCUUUCCGACUGUUCACUUCCGGACUUUAAAAGAGGGUCUGGCUCAAUUUGAUGAGAAAUCCGAUUCCGUUAUGUGA